CAAAAACGUUCAAUAAUUAAGAGUCUGCUCGUUUUCUCCCUCGAUCUCUUGCGCCUCCUCCACCUCCGCGACUCGACACGCACAGCCGCGUCCCAGCCCACCUCAAUCUCACCUCGCCGCCGGCAGCUAACCCGCACCCCCGCGAUGCAGAAGACGGCGCAGUCCUGGUUCACCGGCGGCUCCGCCUCCCCCAGCACCGCCGCGGAGUCGCAGCCCUCCCUGCUUGCCGACUGGAACUCCUACGCAGCCACCCGGUCGGACGUCUCCUCCUCCUCCCCCCUCCCGUUCGACAUCGAGGCCGCCGUCCGCUCGGCCAACGACACCGUCUCCGGCACCUUCAAUGUGGUGUCCAAGGGCGUGCGGGAGCUGCCGGGGAGCUUCCAGGGCGCCACCAGCAGCUUCCCCUCGGGGAAGGCGCUCAUGUACUUCGGGCUCUUCCUCGCCACCGGCAUCUUCUUCGUCUUCAUCGCCUUCACGCUCUUCCUCCCCGUCAUGGUGCUCAUGCCGCAGAAGUUCGCUAUCUGCUUCACACUUGGCUGCGCUCUCAUCAUCGCUUCGCUCUUCGCGCUCAAAGGGCCCGCCAACCAGCUCGCCCAUAUGACGUCAAAAGAGAGGCUACCAUUUACAGUGGGGUUCACCGGAUGCAUGGUUGGCACAAUUUAUGUCUCUAUGGUGCUUCACAGCUAUUUCCUGUCGGUGAUAUUCUCAAUCCUUCAGGUCCUUGCUCUUGCUUACUACACCAUAUCCUACUUCCCUGGAGGCUCUAGUGGAUUGAAGUUUCUCUCGUCAAGUCUCCUGUCCCCAGUAUCAAGAAUUUUUAGCUCGUAACCCUAGUAGAACAAAUAUGUAUGUGAUGAUCACACUCAUGCCCUUGUAAUUCCUGAAGUAUCUUUUGUAUGUAGUUGCUGAUCGACCAAAAGUAUCUUGUCCCGAUCGACCCAUGAUAGAGAUAUCAGAUACCGUGACCCCUUCCUUCACUCCUUUCCACUGCCAUUUACAGAUGUUAGGCAUGCGUUGGGCGUGGAUCGAAAAAGGUUUGUAGAGCUACUGUAUGUGUCUUGUGCAAAUAAAGUUAUAUUACUGCCUAUUUACGGGCCAGGGUUA